AGCCCAAUGCCUGCUGCUGCGCCACUCUGCGAGCUGGAUGGAGAGCCACAGCCUCAGAGCUGGAGAUCAGAAGCAGAACCCUGCACAGCACAGACACCUGUUCCCAGCCAGCAGCCCACCAGCAGCAGCACUUGCACCUCUCCUGGUCCCGCACCCCCUACCUACAGCAGCAGCAAUACUGGAAUAACAUACCUUGCACCUGAAAAGUUUCCUCUUUAUUUUUUCUGCAUUUAUUUAUUUCAUCCCCUCUUGCUGGAUGCAUGCUGAUGUGUGCAGAGUCUGUUAUACAGCGCAUGUGUCUUCCUGGAGUCAGGAUCCAUACAUUCUGACGUAGCCUGCACAUCCUAAAACAAACCCCACACCUCUCCUGGGUGCUGGAAGUUGACAUGAGCAGAGCUGAUCUGACCCCCAAUGGAGAAAGUCUGGAUUCCCCCCCUGGUUGCUGCUGGACAGGCUGAAGCCCUCCUUGCCUGCUUCUGCUGCUGCUGUUGUUGCUGCUGAGAGCUGGGGAUGUGUGGGCAGCAAUAUGCCAGUGGAUGAGCUCCAAGUGCUGCUUCCUUAGACUCACAGAGGUUUGACCUUGAACCUGAAGCUCUCAGCCCAGAAUAUUAGUUUUUUUUUUUUUUGUUUUUUUUUAUAUUGAUGCACUGAAUGGAUUGAAGAGAGAGACUCCAUCCUCCCCCUUUCCACCCCAGUGAGUGAUUCAGAGGAUAGUGUGUAUAUAUACAUAUACCUGACCUGCUGCUCCUCUUUCAUCUGUUUAUCCAGCACCAGGAAAGGCAGAGAGAUAUCUGAUGGCUCCCUUGGGUGAAGUUGGGAACUAUUUUGGUCUGCAGGAUGCGGUGUCCUUUGGGAAUGUACCCGUUUUGCCAGUGGAUAACCCUAUGUUGUUAAGUGACCACUUAAGCCAGUCUGAGGCAGGGGGACUGCCUAGAGGGUCUGCAGUCACUGACUUGGAACACUUAAAGGGGAUCCUCAGGAGGAGGCAGCUCUACUGCAGGACUGGAUACCACUUAGAGAUAUUUCCAAAUGGCACUAUCCAGGGGACAAGGCAAGACCACAACAGAUUUGGAAUCCUGGAAUUUAUUAGUAUAGCAGUUGGCCUGGUCAGCAUUCGAGGUGUCGAGAGUGGACUGUACCUGGGAAUGAACGAGAAAGGGGAGCUGUAUGGGUCGGAAAAGUUGACCCAGGAGUGUGUGUUCCGAGAGCAGUUUGAAGAAAAUUGGUACAACACGUAUUCAUCGAACCUCUAUAAACACGUGGAUACAGGACGUCGAUACUAUGUAGCAUUAAAUAAAGAUGGUACUCCAAGAGAAGGCAAUAGGACUAAACGGCAUCAGAAAUUUACACAUUUUUUACCUAGACCAGUGGACCCAGAAAAAGUACCUGAACUUUAUAAAGAUAUUCUAAGCCAAAGUUGACAAAGACAGUUCCUUCACUCAAGCCCUUAAAAAGUAACCACUAUAUUAAAUCAAAAAGUUUCACCGGUGGGUUCCUAUUGGUUAGCAGGCUCAUCACAUCAGCUGCACUAUUGCCAAACUUUGUCGCAUGCAUAAUAUAUGAUGGAGGCUUGGAUCGAACAUGCUGAUUCUGUUCUGCACUUACAGGACUGUUCUCCUGAAGGAAAGUCUGUGCCCACUCGUGCUUGAUUUAUUACAAGGCAAAGAGCAAAAUAAAUAAAUAAAUACAUUAAAAAAAAAUCCUAGAAGCAAAAGCAAGGAGGAAUGAGGCCUGAUGCAUGCUGGGAAAUAGACAAGCUUUUAAAUUUUUGAUCACCCCUUAAGUCAUCGUAUAUCAACUGCCAUACUUCGGUUCAUCAGGAUUUUUGGCUGAAGGCCUGCUCAAGUUGUACGCUCAUUUACCAAGGCAUGGAUGGGUGCAGUCUUACUAAAAAAAAAAAAAAAAAACUUUUCGGUUAAUUGCUCAUUGAGGUGCCAUCCCACCGUUCCUAAAUCAAAGACCUCUUAGUGAAGAGAAAAAAAAGGAAAAGAAAAUAAAGAAACAAAAGUUUAAAAAAAAACUAAAAAAACAAACAAUACAAAAAAACCUUAAAUUUAUUUAUAGAAAUUCCAAAGGCAACAUUAUAUUUAUUUUAUAUAUUUAUUUAUUAUAUAGAGUUUAUUUUUAAUGAAAUAUGUACAGGCCAGAUAGGCAUUUUCGAAGCUUUAGGCUCUGUAAGCAUUAUCUGUUCAAGGCCAUUAUGAACCUGUGGUAAAUUCAUGCAAGUUUAUUAUUAAGGUGCAUGGAUUAAAGAGAAAAAAAAAACAACUAAUGACCCUCAAGGUGACAAUCUACUCUGUGUCCAUUACUCUGUUAAAGUGCAGCCACAUUGUAAGACAUCCUAUGGGCUUAUUCUAGUAACUUUAAAUCAGCUGAUCUUUAAGCAUGUGGAUAAAAACAAAAAUAUCAUUGGGCCCAGUGACAGGUGGAAUCCGCUGAUUUACAGUUACUGAAUAAGCCGCUAUUGGUCUCGCUGUUAAUUUGUCGCUCAUAUCCUUCAACAGCCAUGAGUUACACAAGGACUGUGCGAACCCACAUUUGCACUUUUUGUUUUCUCAAAUUGUAACCCAUGGCUGUUUUUUUUGUUUUUUAAGCGAGACUGGAAUUUUUUUAUAUAUAUUUUUUUUAAAUUAACUUUCAGCAUGGAGGAUCUUACAGUACAUUGGGGGCCUACCCUGUGCUGAGAGUUAUUUCUUCCAUCCCUCGAGUAUUCACUUGCACAAAUGUUAAACUCCAUUGAUCAUGUUAGACAGAUCCGGGCUUCCAAUUUUGAUGCUGUAACCUUAAAGGAAAGCUCCUUUCCAAUAAGUGGCUUAUAUUGCUCCACCAUCUUCAAACUUACCUGCUGUUGAGAGGCACCUAAAGGUUUACUAUAUAUUCAUAUAUAAUAUAUAUAUAUAUAAUCUACCUGUUUAUUACAUAUUACAGAACAGAUGGUAAAUUAUUGUCGUUUUAUUUUACAAAUUUUUUUUCUAUUUGUUAGAAAAUUUCCAAGGAGCACGAUAUAAUAAUCUCAUGUUUUUGUUAUAGUUAAAGGCUCUGUGCAGUAAAAUCAAAUGUAGGUGCCUUUUUUUCACAGCUAUAUAGGAAAUGUCUAUGGGGCUAAUGGAUGUCACACAGCAGCUAUAGAUUGCCCCAUAUUCUUGCUAAAGCUUAAAUAACAUGUGGUGGAUAUUAUAAUGCAAGACCCAGGUUAACGGGUUAAACUCUUGUAUGUAAAAAUGUCUAAUUGUGUACCCAGUAUCUCUCUACCAGAAAAUGCAACCUUUCUAGGGGUCAAUGUAAGAUCUGUCUUAUGGAAAUUGCUUUCGGCGUGAACUGUCAUAAAACAUUAUUAGCACCCUAAUCUUUCUUUUCAAACAAUAACUUGCAAAAUAAACCUAAUAAAUCUUUACGAAUA